CAAACAUCGGAACUCACUCCCUCCUUCAGAAACCAGGACAUCAUCAUGUCCAGCAUGGCGAUGGGAUGGAAAAACAUUCACUUCACGGUAUAUCUCUCCAUCCCAUUAAGACUUUUUCAUAGGAACAUGGGGCUACGAUACUGAGCUCCAAAAGUACGCGAACAACCAUAUUAUUCACAUGCCCAGGGAAAACUCUUAGGCGACGGCAGCACUCUCCGGCUCACGGCCUCCCCCUGGGAUGAUCUGCUUCCAUUCUUCAAGAAGUCCAAGAAGUUCUUCUGUACCAAAGGUUUUCCAGCUGCGGAGGCACCAAUGGCUUGCUGCAUAUAACCGUUCACCCCGUCGCUCCAAUUAGCGAGGCUAUGCUCGCAUCGACCAAGGAUACGACUAUAAGCCUGACACGUUUGUCUCGGGCGGUGCCGGACACGCGACUAGGAUCGUUCAUGACGGCAUGGCGAAUCUUCAGGUCUUACUCAAUACUACUGUGCUUCGCAUCGUUCUUGAGACGAAUCCCGACGCCGAUGCUAAGGAGAAAUUCGAAGCCGUUGGCGUCAAGCCGAAGUCACGAUGA